GCCUUUCUUCAGAGAAACACGAGUUUGUGUCAUGAUUUUUAUAAUUGGUUUACUUUGUCAAAUUUUGAGUGUAACUACAGGUGUGGAUGUACCAUGCGCAGCUCGAUUCGGGGAUAGUGGUUACGUCUGUGUGUGUAAUGCCACCUACUGUGAUACGCUCAACUACCCCUCACCCCCUGCUGGCCAGUUCACACAUAUCUUCACCAGUAAUCACACUCCUGGAUUUAACUCUGCACAGGGUCCUGUGGGAUACCAUCAAAAUGUGCUAACUGAUGGUGAGCAAUAUACAACAGCUAUCAUAACAGUGAACACUACCGAAAAAUUCCAAAAACUCAAAGGGAUUGGAGGUUCUUUUACAGAUUCUUUCUGUUUGAAUAUGAAGAACCUUAGUGAGGCUGCAGGAAGAAACCUUCUUAGUUCAUACUUCUCAUCAACUGGAAUUGAGUAUAAACUUGGAAGAGUGCCCAUAGCUAGUUCAGAUUUUUCUACAAGAACUUACACUUAUGAUGACACUGUAGGAGAUACUGCUCUGAAAUAUUUCAAUCUUACAGAAGAGGAUUUUCUUCUCAAGAUUCCAACGAUAGAGGCAGCAAAGGCACUCAGUCGACACAACUUAUCUUUGAUCGGAGCUACAUGGACCAGUCCCUCAUGGACUAAAACCAACAAAAACUUUCCCCCGGGUUAUCUGCAAAAGGAGUAUUACCAAUACUGGGCUCAGUAUCUGAUACGAUUUCUUGAUGAAUACAGCAAAGUAGGUAUUGACUUCUGGGCAGUGUCAGCUGGGAACGAGCCAAUUAACCCCUUCAUAAUUGGGAAAAUGUUUGAUAUCAACAGUGUGUUGUGGAUGCCUAUGGACCAUAGAAAAUUUGUGAAAGACCACCUAGGGCCACUCCUGCAAGCUUCUCCUCACAACACUACUAAGUUGAUAACCUUGGAUGACGCCCGCUGGUACCUACUGUGGUGGAUGGACACGGUGAUGAGAGAUCCUGAAGUGGCUGAUUAUAUAGAUGGUGUUGCUUUGCACUGGUACAGAGACACCCAGUGUCCUCCUGACCUCUUGGACCAGGUCUUCCGACAGUACAACAAAUUCAUCAUUUACACUGAGGCCUGCAUAAUUCCUCGACUUGAUCCGGGACUAACGGUUGAUUUGGGAUCCUGGAGACGUGCUGAAAUCUACAUUACAGAUAUAAUUGAGGUUCUCAAUCACUGGUCAGUCGGAUUCAUGGACUGGAACAUGGCACUGAAUACUCAAGGAGGACCAAGGUAUCCUCCACAUGGAGGCACCGACAGUCCCAUCAUUGUUAAUGCUUCUGCAGACGAAUUCUAUAAGAACCCCAUGUUUUACGGGUUAGGUCAUUUUUCCAAAUUUAUAGCAGAAGGCUCAUAUCGUGUGAACUCCACUUCUACAUUGCCUGCAAUUAAAGUCCUUACUACGAUCAACCCAGAUGGAAGUACUUCUGUAUUCUUAUAUAAUCAGGGUGAAAAUAAUACCAACAUUCUAAUCAAUGACAUCAACAAGAGGACAGCAAUACGUGUCAAUAUUACUGCAAGAUCCAUGAACACUGUUGUCUGGUGGUAAUCAGCCCAUGCAGUUUACUGUACAAAUGGUAUCUUAGAUCAUUGUCAUUAUUGUUACAUUAUAAUUUUUAAAUGUCAGGCUAGUUCCAUGGAAAAAUACAGUAUGAUUGAAGCAGA